GUGGAGCCUGGGGAAUCCCACAUCAAGGUGUUGGGUGCAGGCUGCGGUGGAGGGGCCAGCUAUCUCAUGCCACAACAUUAUCACCUGGGGUAGUGUUUGGUGUAUGACGCUGAUGCUUGGACUUUGCUCUCUGUUCACAGGCGCUGGACGUUUUCAACUAUCACUCUGAGAAACAGUGCAGGCAUAUAAGAAUUAAAUUUGUAAUAAAUCUACAGUUAAAAUGGACAGUUAUUUUAAAGCAGCUGUCAGUGACCUGGACAAACUCCUUGAUGAUUUUGAACAGAACCCAGAUGAACAAGAUUAUCUCCAAGAUGCACAGAAAGCAUAUGCUUCUAACUACUGUCCGGUGUCAUCGGAGCUGGCGUCCUCACAGCUAACAUCGCUGCUCCCUGACGGCCAACAGUGCCAUCAUCACUGUGGCCCAGCGGAAACAUGCUAUGAAACAAAUGAGAUUUCCUUGAAUGAAAAAACACCUGAAGGACUGACUUCUCUACAUAACGGAAAGAACGUCGCAGGCCUCGAUCUCCUCUCCUCUGUGGACGCCGGCACUUCCGCCGCCGCCACGCCCUCGUACAUGGGACGGUGCAGUGAGCCGGUCUGUGAUCUGAUCAGCCACACGGGCGACUUAGUUCAUGCCACCAGCAGUGAAGAGGAUAUUAAAAAGUUACUGCCAGACGAUUUGAAGUCCAAUACAGAGUCUCUGAUUGGAUUGGACUUCUCAGUGUCAGAUAGUCCCGCUGUUUCUUCGACAGAUUGGGCGAGUGGGAGUGUCGCAGAACAGAAUGAGAACAACUCUGAAUGGCAAACGGAAGGAAUCAGUGGAACCAAGGAUUCAGGUUUAGAAGCAGACUUAACACUUUCAGAUUCUAGUAAGCCUAACAGAACAGAAGAUUUAGAGGAUGAAAAGACGCCUGGUCGUUUAGCACCAGCUGUGGAGUUGAACACAUCCUCGGCGGCGACUCAGCCGAGUGCCAGAUUGUCUGAUGCCAAAGACAGCCUCCAGGACAAGAGUCAGCCACGUGAAGCCUUGAAGGAAGGUCGCCGUUUGGUACAAGAAGAGCUGGAGGUGGCUGUGGUUCCUAGCGCAGAGCGCGUAAUAGAAGGAGGUGGCGCAAGUGCUGUGCCUGGGGAUGGUUUACUCUUAAAUGAUUCACGUUCAGAAGGUGAAAAUUUCAGAUUACCUGAGUUUUCCUUUCAGGAAGGUAGAACUCCUACAUUUAUAAAACAAAUUGGCGAAAAAGAUCCUGAAGACAAUAACGAUGUGGUCCACGAGUGCUCCCCGGCUUUACAUGUUUCCAGAGAGGACGCUCCUUCCUCUGUGUCCUGUCUUCCCUUGCCUGGCUCUCUGUGUGGGUCAUUCAUGGAGAGCAAAGCCUGUGGUGAUUUGUCACCUCCCAGCGCCCAUGAGGACCCUGUGCAGGAUGCAGGGGCUGUGCGUGACGGGCAGAAGUCAGCUCUGGCUGGGGGACGCUGCAGAGAGAGAGAGCUGCUCCAGGAGCAGAGGCGCAGCCAUGUGCUCCUUCAGCCACAAGCUGAGAGGACGAGCAACGGGAAAGUUGAUCACGACCAGGUGGUCAGCAGGGCUGAGUCUCUGAGGGACCCUGAGCACACCAGUGCUCCCGCAGCCGCAGGGCCCCAGGUGGAGCUCUGUGGUGCUGACGCCCCCGAGCCUCCCGACCCUUGUGAAGGGCUCACAUUCUCAUGCAGUGAUAUAGGUGAGCAGGACUUGGAUUACUUUAAUAUUGAUGAGGGAAUGAAAAGUAGCUCAUUAAUCAGUGAUGCUGAGCUUGAUGCCUUCUUGACAGAACAGUAUCUUCAGACCACUAGCUUGAAGUGUUUUGAAGAAAAUUUUAAUGACUCAAACUCUCCAAGCAACCUGACAGAUGUGAAGGGUUUAGGUGAAGGUAACAUGGAAAAUAUGUAUUUUAAUGCUGAAGCAGGAGCUGCUGGGCAAAGUGGAGGUGUCAGUAUGGUUUGUGAAGCAGCUGACAAGCACAGUAUAACAGAAGCCAGUGGGUUUCCUUCAGUGGAAAAAAGCACAAGUCCACUUGAUCAAGGGUUGUCUACCGGUCAGUCUGAAGCAGUGAAUGAACUACCAGUCCCUGACACCAACAGUCAGCCUGCUUAUGUGGGUGGGGCCAGACCAAAGCAGUUGUUUAACCCUCCAUCCAGGACAAGGAGUUCAAAGGAACAGAGCCAGCUGGAUGAUCCAAAUAUGCCAGAAGAUGAAGCCAGCAGAGUGAAUACCAACACUGCAGCCACUUGUGCUGCAGAUUGUACUGCAGAGCCUCAGGCUAACUUCAACUCCAAUUACAUCGAUAUAGAAAGUAAUUUUGAAGGUGGACGCAGUCUUAAAGCUGCGAAUGAAGAUGCUGAAGCUGAAGGCACAUGCACAGGAGGCUUGGCGUUGGGCCGGAAACAACCUGCAUGGGUCCCUGAUGCACAAGCUCCAAACUGCAUGAAUUGCCAAGUCAAGUUCACUUUCACAAAACGACGACACCACUGCCGAGCAUGUGGGAAAGUAUUUUGUGGUGUCUGUUGUAAUAGGAAGUAUAAGCUGCAAUAUCUAGAAAAAGAAGCGAGAGUGUGUGUGACCUGCUACGAGGCUAUUAGUAAAGCUCAGGCUUUUGAAAGGAUGAUGAGUCCAACUGGCCCUAAUCUUAAGUCUAACCAUUCUGAUGAACGUGCCACUGCCCAGCCUCCUCAGGAGACCCAGCCAACCAGUGCACCUUCACCUUCAGCUCUGCCAGUCUCAGCGCUUAAACAGCCAGGUAUAGAAGGACCGUGCUCCAAAGAACAGAAGAGAGUGUGGUUUGCAGAUGGCAUAUUGCCUAACGGUGAAGUUGCAGACACAACGAAGUUAACAUCUGGAAGUAAGAGAUGUUCUGAUGACUUCAGUCGUCCCUCACUUGACAUGCCCACGACGGCAGACACAGCGAAUCACGUCCAUCCUUCUACACUGGAGAAACCAAUCAAUGAACCAGGAGAAGUUACAAGAAAUGAAAUAAUCCAGAGUCCCAUUUCUCAAGUUGCACCUGUGGGAAAGCUGCCUGUCCUCACAGGCGCUGAGGGGCUGCCUGCUGCAGGUUCCUUUGUACUAGAUGAUGAUGUUUUUACAGAGAGUGAAGACCUGCCUGGUGCCCCUGGUGUCCCCGUGAGCAAGAGCUGGCCGACUGCUGGGAUUUUGGACUAUCAGUUACUCUGUGGGAUUGAGAAACACGUUUGCAGUAAGAUUAGCCUUCUGCCUGAUGAGGGGGACGGUUUGCCCCCACUGCUCACUGCUGCCGGAGAAGAGGGAUCAGCCCCUGUAGUUGAAGAGCACCCAUCGCACGAGCAGGUCAUUUUGCUUCUUGAAGGUGAAGGGUGUCAUCCUGUCACAUUUGUCCUAAAUGCUAAUCUCCUUGUGAAUGUGAAAUUAGUUUUUUAUUCCUCAGACAGAUAUUGGUACUUCUCCACCAGUGGAUUGCACGGCUUGGGACAGGCAGAAGUCAUGAUUUUGUUGUCACGUUUGCCAAAUGAAGAUACUAUCCCUGUGGACAUUUUCAGACUGUUUGUCACCAUAUACAAGAGUGCUCAGAAAGGAAAAUACAUAGAAGACUUGGACAAUGUGACAUUUACUGAGAGCUUUCUCAAUAACAAGGAUCACGGCGGGUUCCUGUUUGUUGCACCCACUUUUCAGAACCUCGACGGGCUCCCACUGCCGAGGAGGCCUUUUCUCUGUGGGGUUCUCAUCCAGAAGCUGGAGAUCCCCUGGGCCAAGGUUUUCCCUAUGCGCUUAAUGUUGCGAUUGGGUGCCGAAUAUAAAGCAUACCCCACUCCUCUAACCAGUAUCCGGGGCCGAAAACCUCUCUUUGGAGAAAUAGGACACACUAUUAUGAACUUACUUGUUGACCUUCGGGACUACCAGUACACCUUGCAUAGCAUAGAUGAGCUGUUGAUUCAUAUGGAAGUGGGGAAGAGCUGUGUUAAAAUACCUCGGAAGAAGUACGGUGAUGUGAUGAAAGUGAUCAAUUCUUCUAACGAGCAUGUCAUUAGCAUUGGAGCCAGUUUCAGUACAGAAGCUGAUUCUCAUCUGGUCUGUGUACAGAACGAUGGGGUUUAUCAAACCCAGGCCAACAGCGCCACUAGCCAUCCCAGAAAAGUGACAGGUGCAAGUUUUGUGGUAUUCAAUGGAGCGCUGAAAGCAUCUUCAGGAUUUCUUGCUAAGUCCAGCAUUGUUGAAGAUGGCUUGAUGGUUCAGAUAACCCCAGAGACCAUGGAUGCCUUGCGGCUAGCUCUACGAGAGCAGAAGGACUUUAAGAUCACGUGUGGGAAAGCUGAUGCCGCAGAGCUGAGAGAGUAUGUGGACAUCUGCUGGGUAGAUUCUGAAGAAAGAGGAAACCAAGGUGUUAUCAGUUCAGUGGAUGGAAUAUCAUUACAAGGAUUUCCAAGUGAAAAAAUAAAAUUGGAAGCCGAUUUUGACACUGAUGAGAAGAUUGUCAAGUGUACUGAGGUAUUCUACUUCCUAAAGGGCCAAGAUACAUCUGUUUCAUCCGCUCAUUACCAGUUUGCAAAAGAAAUCGCCAUGGCAUGCAGUGCUGCCCUGUGCCCACAUUUGAAAACUCUCAAAAGUAACUGGAUAAAUAAGAUUGGGCUCAGAGUUUCCAUCGAUGUUGACAUGGUUGAGUUCCAGGCAGGGUCUGAAGGCCAGCUUCUGCCACAGCAGUACCUGAAUGAUCUCGACAGCGCUCUCAUCCCUGUCAUCCACGGGGGCACCGCCAGCUCCAGCGUGCCCUUCGAAAUGGAGCUGGUGUUCUUCAUUCUAGAACACCUCUUUUAGUGAGGGGAUGUGUCCGAUUAUGUACCGCUAACUGAUUUGUUAACCCUAACUGUAGCACUAAAACGAAAAUGCCACAAACACUAAAAGUCAGUAUGUUCACUGUUUGAAACACAUAUGCUUUGCUUUUUAGGCAGCCAUGACCUUAAAACAUUAGCACAAUAUUUAAAUAUCUGAACGUUUAAAGGAGCCGCAGUUUGGAGCUUUACCUGCAAGACAUCUGUAGCAUUUGCUGUUAUUUCAACGCUAAGCCAAACCAUCUGCACUGAGGCGUAGCUCCUCCAGCCGGGGAGGAUCUGAACACGGGCACUGUACAGAUGUUGCCUGUGAGAGGAAUCUGUGCUGUGUGCUGCCAGGUGGGCACUGCCCUCCAGGCUGUGUCCUCCAGUGGGCGGACCAGGUGGGAGAGCUCAGAGCUCUCCAAAUAAAGCUGGUAACUUAUUUGUAUAACUGUAGUGGAGACCUACCUCCAUGACUAGAAAAACUGUUGGGAUGAAAAUCAGAAGAUUGCCUUUUUUUCUCCUCAAAUUAUUUUAUAUAUAUAUAUAAUAUAUCAUUUUCCUGAUUAAAUGGGUAUUCUUAAAAUAAGUGUGGGUGCUUCAAGAUUUUGUGCUUCUAUAUUUAAGUAUAUUGUUUUUAUAGCAAGGACAUAUGGUUUGGUAUAUAUUUUAUAAGUCCUUCAUAAUUUAUAAAUAGUGGAUAUUUUUGUAUCCCGUUAUUUUUCCUCCUUUUCUUCCAAAGCGUACUGCUCUGAGAGGAAGCGAUGGCAGGCCGAGCAACCCUCGCUGCAGUCAUGGUGUAGCAAUAAGUGCAGCCUGGAACAGGUUCUUUGUUUUUUUUUUUUUUUUAACUUUCAUAUUAAUCCUUAGAAACUACCUGGUAAUCCUGAGUAAUUUCAUUGACACUAAUAAGUAUAAACUUUAAGGAACUUUUUCAUACUUUAAAUUCUUUAUAUGGUGGUUAUUUUUAUAACAGGCUAUUAUAUAUUACCACAAGUAAAUUCUAUAUAUUUGAAACAUACAGAGCUUUCUUCUUGAAAUAGCAAAAAAAAAAAAAAAAGCUUCAGGGGACAGGGAAUAGGGUGGGCAGAAGGGAGAAAGACAAGGCAAAGGGCAAAUAUUCUGUCAUUUGAGGUAUUUAAAGUGUAACCAGUUUGAUCCUUUUUUCUUACAUGAAAUCUGUUUUUGUAUCAAAAACACUCAUUGUACAUCUCAAGAAAAAGAAACUACACUAAAAUGUCUCACUUUAAGAAAAAUACUUAGGAAGCAUCUCAGCCCCAAGAGUGGGUGAGGUUCUAACGCGGGAUCUGUGUGUCAGGCUAGGAAAGACGUGAGAGCAUGUGCUCGCUGGUGACCCACACCUGAACCAGCCAGAGACGCAGAGGGAGGGAGAGCAUCAGGCUUCCGGAAACAGCGUGAAACGUGGCGUGCUCAAUAAGAUGACAACAUGUUAUAUAACCUAUGAAAUUUUCUGAAAUGGUGUAAGAUAAAAAUGAUUGCAAAUCAA